GACGGAGGGAGGGAGGAGGCCACCGCGCCGGUGGAGCCGCAGCGGGGGGCGAGGGACGGGGCGCGGGCAGCGGCACCAUGGCCCAGUCCGUGUGGGGCUACGACAGCCACAACGGACCCGAGCACUGGCAUGAAAACUACCCCAUGGCCAAGGGAGACAAGCAGUCGCCCAUUGAGAUCAACAGCAAAGAUGUGCGGCACGACAAUUCUCUCGGCCCUUGGCACGCCAGUUACGAUCCCGGGGCAGCGAAAACCAUCCUGAACAACGGGCGCACCUGCCGAGUCGUCUUCGACGACAUGUUCGAUCGAUCAGUGCUGAGAGGUGGGCCGCUCACGGGAGCCUACAGGCUGCGUCAGCUUCACUUGCAUUGGGGUUCCUCUGAUGACCACGGCUCUGAGCAUGUUAUAGAUGGAGUGAAAUAUGCAGCAGAGUUACAUAUGGUGCACUGGAAUCCAAAACAUGGUAAUUUUGCUGGAGCUUUGAAACAACCUGAUGGUGUGGCUGUUGUGGGCAUUUUUCUGAAAGUUGGAAAAACUCCCAAACCAGAGAUGAAGAGAAUUCUUGAAGAAAUUGACAACAUAAAGACCAAGGGGAAAGAGGCUCCUUUUCAGCACUUUGAUCCUUCAAUUCUUUUCCCCAAAUCUCGGGACUACUGGACCUACCAUGGUUCGUUCACUACACCCCCAUGUGAGGAGUGUAUCACUUGGAUUCUCUUGAGGGAGCCGAUUGAAGUCAGCUCAGACCAGAUGGCGAAGCUCCGUACCCUUUCCAAGAGUGGUGAGAACGAACCUGUGAAGCCACUGGUUGAUAACUGGCGCCCACUUCAGCCUUUGAAGGGCAGGAUAGUGAGAGCCUCGUUCAAAUGAAGUCUCAAGUCUCACUCUGCUGAACCCGAGUGAGAAAAUCCCUGCAUCCCAAAGUGUAGCUAGCUUUUGCUGUCUACUGCUUUUCCUCUGGAUCCAGAUCUGUGUUUCUCAGCUUGAAAUUCUGAGUGGUAAAACUGAAUCUGAUUUUGAAAGCAGAAAAAAUACUGUAUGCGAAUACUAACCUUAAUAAGGAAAUGUGAGAUAUACAUGAUUCUUGACCACAAAUGCCUCAGCAUUUGUGAUACAGUCACUCCCCUGCCAUGUGGUCUUGGAAGAAAAAUGGGCUCAGUUUCAAUAUUUAAAAUGAACUUCAAAGGUAAUGUAGUAAAGGCAGAAAAAUGAACCAGUAGUUCAGGAAAGCAGAAAUAACAGUGGGUCAAUAGUACAUGAACAGGACGUAAAAUGGCUGCUCCUACAGCAUCCCUAGUAGUGAUCUUCCUCAGAUAUCCCACCUCCACUGCGAACAUCCAAAGAAUAAGUUUGUCUUUAACAUACCAGAUUUUUCCUUCCCUCUCUUGUUCAUAGUUUGUUAUCCAAGAUUAUAUUAGUAUUCUGGGGAUACACUCAGGCAUACUCAGCUUCUGUGUGUGAAGAAGAAAAGAUACCUUGCUGUCCUUUCAGCAUUUGCUGUCUUUGCCAUGUCCUGCUGCUGCCUAUUGAUCUUUUCUUCUUUAACUGCUGCUGUUACUUCACCCAUCCAGCUGUAGAGUGCUGCUGGUGUCGUGUUGCCUUGUAUUUAGUAUAGCAGCUUUAGUAUUGCUGAGGGGGAAGUGCCUUCUUCUCUUGCUCUGUUACCUCCCAGGAUGAUGGAUUUUUAGUUUUGAUGCUCUGCCUGUUUUUUUUAUUUUUGACACCUUAGUCUGCAUAUUAAUGAUUUCACCUAUUAGGGAUUUUGUUGCAUAAGGAGAAGGUCUUUGUAGAUGACUCAUAAGCAUCAUUUGUCUUCCCCACUACUGAAAAAUCCAGGUUAAGUCACCUAAGUGUUUAUUUAUUGUAACUCUGUGUAAUCAAGAGACUCUGAAGUGGAGUCUGUUUAGCUCUGUUACUUUCUGGGGAGACACAUCAGCUCGCAUAUAUGAUCCGAGCAAGGAAUCACUGGCAGACAGGAAAUUCUAAAUCAUCUUCCCCUGUCCUUCAUCAUGUAAACUUUAUCCUUUCAGCAUGCUUCUUAAACAGCAUAACACAAGUACCGUCUAGGUUGAACCCACAUGCAGACUAUGUGAGUAAAGAUCUGUUACGUUAUAUUCACCAUCAGGGUGUAUUCAGUAUUGUACAUACAGGAGAUUGGGUGCUCAGAGGUGGUGCGUAAAGCCUCCUGUAAAUGAAGCUUCUGGAUUCUCGGUAUUCCUCUAACUCAGUAGGUGGCAGAGGGCAUUCUUCUGGAGAUGUUGCCACAAACAUGUUCACAGCAACAUUUAUAAGGAGUAUGUCAAAGUCUGAAAAAAGGAGGGUUACAAAUGGCUAGAAUAGGCAUCUCCCAGUUCUCCUUCACUAUUUCACUCUUCACCGUUACUAGAAAAAUGGUGUUCCAACAGCGAAGUCACGAAUAGGCAACAUUGGACAAAUUCUGCUGUUAUUACCAGCACAAUUCAGUGAGAAUUCAGGAAUGAAAUGAGGGCAGAGUUUGAUCUUUGGAUUCAUUUAGAAACAUUCGAAGAAUUGCUGAAUUCCCAUUGAGAAUUAAUAUUUCAGUUUAUUAGAAGUGUAUUUUGCUUAGUAUAAACCAGUUUCAUUUUAAAAACCAAGUUCAUGUCAGCAGAAACUAAAGUAUUGAUUGAAUCCUGUUUACAAAUGUUUUGGCAUUGGCUUAAUCUUAUCAGAAGAUCAGCUUUUGAUAUUACGAGUGCAGUACUUGGAACAGUAUUGAUUUUAAGAGUCUCUUGGAUCUUCUUUAAACUCCUGAAUCUGUACAUCUUCUCAACACAUAAAAAUGUUUCUACAGAAAGUUCAUAAGCAACAUUUUUUUCUACUGUACUAUGUCUUACAUGUAAAAUUUCUUCUCAUAUCCAUAUGCAGUUGGUCUUGGUGUUGAGAAAAUUUCAACACAAAUAACUGAGACAAGAGUUCGAGCCUUUCUACUUAAAAGCCAUUGACUGUGAUGUUUUAAUCUCUUGUUACUGGGGCAAUAAAACAAGAUUAGUUGCCUGCACUUGAAAUAACAGCUUUUGUGUCUUCAGAGAACCAAUAAAUCGACUUACAUAAAAAAUUGAUUUCGGGUUUUAUUUCUAAUGCUGAGUGGUGAUUAAAAGUAACGACUUACUAGAAAACCUUGCUACUCUUUUCUUUGAUACAUAUGCUUGUAAUGCAAGGGUGGACAGACACUCUAGUAAUCACCUUUUAGAUGUUAGAGUUUAGUUUAAUAUCUCAUCCUGGUUUCUCUGUAUCCAAUCAAAUAGAUCCUCAAAAAUAUGAGACAUCAGAACAGUAUCAUUUGUCUUCUGUUCUCAGGUACAAAAAAAAGUGUUUAUUUCUUGCCUGGACACAAACAUUCUCUUACGUCUUCCCAAAAUUCACACAUUCAUGUCUGAUCUUGAAUAUCACUAACUUGGAUAUGAAUUUUGGUUUCUUGCAAGAAGCACAUGGAUCAGUUAGCUGAAGAGUUAGAUAAUUCUGAAAUUUCCUGAUUGAUUUAUACUUUUUAAGCAUACAAAUUAGAUUUGUUAAAGUGAAAUAAUAUCUUAAUUGCCCAGAAAAUCAGACACUGAGUGCACUUUGCUUUAUUUGCAUUUGCAUGUUUCCUCUGCUGCUUUUGAAAGGCAGAAUAGGCAGAAGUAUAUCAACUACUGACAGAGUAGUUUUGGUUCCAACAGCAAACCCAUGCUUUCUAUGUUGGCAGAAAGGAAAAUGCAGUCCGAAAUUUGUAUUAUUCCCUCAUGCGUUUGCUCUGAUUCCAUUCUGUCUUCAAACUAUUACUACACAAAACCAUCGACCUCAUUGCAAAUAUGCUUUACACUUUUGAUUAUCUCUUGAAGAUUAAAGCAUACGUAGUUUUGUUCCAUUGCCUUUCUCUCUUUGAUGAAUAGUGUAGCUUAGUAUUGAUUACCUUGGUAACAAACUAAGGAUAUAUUAUGUGGACUCUAAUCCUGCUGCCUCAUCUAAAUAGAGAAAAAGCCUCUGGGCACUGAUGAAUUAAAAAAAGUAAAAAUUACCCUAAUCAUUGUGGUGCACUAAAUCCUUGACUACUUCCAUGUAUAUAAUGUAUAUAUUAAUUUCAGCAGGACAGGCAAUUGAUUGAAAUGAAUUACCACCUAUUAGGUUUUGACAGACACUGAAACUCUCGCAGCUUCCCACACUUCACAAGAGCACUCACUAGAAAAUUAAAAGCUUAUUCCUACAGUUUCGAAGCUUUUUUAUUAACUGAAACAAGUUUUCCACCAGCUGUGGCCAUCUUUCAGUCAGGUGUAAAUUCAUAACUGAACUGUGAAUUCCUGGUAUGGCCCUCAGUAUACAACCAGCUAUGGUUAUGCAUUUCUACUACAAAAUGAAAAGAAUUAUGUAUUAUUUUUACUGUACCUUGAAGAAUGAGUCUCCUGGAUCUGCUUGCAGGUGUUUAGUUGCUGAGUAAUCAGAGUUAAAGAAUGUUCAUAUUGUCAGUGAGUUUAGCAAAAUAAACCAGUAUUUCUUCCUGAGGCAUGUUGUCCCAUGCCUCAGCAAUGAAGCAGCUAUACAGUGUGUGUUCCACCUCCUCUAUCUGCCUUUCAUUUCAAUGAAUUCUGGUAUUUGUCUUUGUCAGUAUUGCAGCACAAAGCAUGUAUUCAGGAAUUAUUUUAUUUCCAAAACAAAGAAUUUAAUAGAACAUAUAAUAACAUCUUCCCAAAUAAAGAGUACAGCUAAUGACGAAUUACA